AUGAAGCAUAUUGAUGAGUUUCCAGUAGAGAUUAAGCAGCUUUUACUAAAAUAUGCACCGGAACUAAGUUCGGCAUCCAGAGAAUAUUAUGUUUUACUAAAUAGACGGCAGCCUUACAAAUUAUCACCCAUUGAAAUGCUUCCAAUUUCUAUAAAGCUAAGAAUAUUAUGGUUUGCGUCUGAUAUGCGGUUUGCUUCAAGGGAAUGGUAUUGUCUGCAUAAUGAACUUUAUAGAAAAAAAUGUAAGCAGCUCGAAACAGAUCGUUGGACCUUUAGACACUUAACAAUAGCAAGACAAGUCCAACAUUGUUGUCCUGGCUUUGAGCCUCUGCGUCGUCUAUGUUGUCAGCACUAUAGAAGAGCUUCCACGUGUUGCGAUGCUAAUGAAAUAGUGUCAGUGUUACCAUACGUAUCUGACUCGUGGUAUUAUAUUUAUAAAAACCUACAAGAUUGUGUGUCAACAUGUUGA